GAAUCGUGUUCAGCACUGUGUGUGCUCUGUGGCCAGUGACCACUCCGUGGGUCUGCUCAGCCUGCGGGAGAGGAAGUGCAUCAUGCUGGCGUCUCGACACCUCUUCCCCAUCCAGGUCAUCAAGUGGCGCCCCUGUGAUGACUAUCUGGUGGUGGGCUGCUCUGAUGGCUCAGUGUAUGUGUGGCAGAUGGACACAGGUGCGUUGGACCGUUGUGUGAUGGGCAUCACGGCUGUAGAGAUCCUGAAUGCGUGUGAUGAGGUGGUGCCAGCCGCUGUGGACGCUCUGAGCCACCCUGCGGUCAACCUGAAACAGGCCAUGACACGACGCAGCCUGGCUGCGCUCAAGAACAUGGCCACGCACAAACUACAGACCCUGGCUACCAACCUACUGGCUGCAGACACCGCAGACAAGGUCAGUUGUAACCCCUUAACCCCGGACCCUGGCUACCAAUCUACUAGCAGACAAGGUUAGCUUUAACCCCGGACCCUGGCUACCAAUCUACUAGCAGACAAGGUUAGCUUUAACCCCGGACCCUGGCUACCAAUCUACUAGCAGACAAGGUUAGCUUUAACCCCGGACCCUGGCUACCAAUCUACUAGCAGACAAGGUUAGCUUUAACCCCGGACCCUGGCUACCAAUCUACUAGCAGACAAGGUUAGCUUUAACCCCGGACCCUGGCUACCAAUCUACUAGCAGACAAGGUUAGCUUUAACCCCGGACCCUGACUACCAAUCUACU